AGAAAGUCCGAGUGGGAUUGAAUGUGUUUCCACGCUCGAAGCAGCAGAUAAGAAAGAGGGGGCUAAGCCUGAGAACUUUUUCAGAAUGGGUUUUAUGCUCUCACUGAGGUUUCUCUUCCAGUUUUUCUACCUGUUGCUAUAGAUUACUGCUUCUUCCGAUUGAGGAAGUUCGUUGGAGUCGGCGGCGUUGAUUCGGUCUGUUUUCUCGUCGGCGGUUGCAUAGAGUGUUGUUUUCCUUUGGAGGUUUAUUUCUACGGAUCUUAAAUGGAGGAUCGGGAGGAGGAAGAGAAGGCAGAAGAAGAGGUGCAAGGUUCCAGCCUGACGAUGGAGAAAGUGGCGGCUGCUAAGAAGUUUAUAGAGAACCACUACAGAGCUCAGAUGAAGAACAUUCAAGAACGGAAGGAGAGACGAUGGAUGUUGGAAAGAAAGUUAGCCUCAUCGGAUGUGCCUAAGGAAGAACAAAUCAAUCUCAUCAAAGAUUUAGAGCGGAAAGAAACUGAGUUUAUGCGACUCAAAAGGCACAAGAUCUGUGUUGAUGAUUUUGAGCUUUUAACCAUCAUUGGCAGGGGGGCUUUUGGUGAGGUUCGAUUAUGUCGUGAGAAGAAAUCCGGUGAUAUAUAUGCAAUGAAAAAGUUGAAAAAAUCUGAAAUGCUGAUGAGGGGACAGGUGGAACAUGUUAGAGCAGAAAGGAAUUUAUUAGCUGAAGUUGCCAGCCACUGCAUAGUGAAGCUUUAUUACUCAUUCCAGGAUGCUGAGUACUUGUAUUUGAUCAUGGAAUAUCUGCCAGGUGGAGAUAUGAUGACUCUGCUUAUGAGAGAAGACACAUUAACUGAAAAUGUAGCUAAAUUUUACAUUGCACAAAGUGUUCUAGCAAUAGAAUCCAUCCACAGGCACAACUAUAUUCACAGGGAUAUUAAACCUGACAAUCUUCUUCUGGACAAAAAUGGUCACAUGAAACUUUCUGAUUUUGGUCUCUGUAAGCCGCUGGAUUCUCUAACCCUAUCAGCACUACAUGAAAAUAAAGCCAUGGAUGAUGAAAAUUUGGCAGAACCAAUGGAUAUUGAUGAUAAUAGGAGCAGUUGGAAGAGUCCCAGUGAACAGUUACACCAUUGGCAAAUGAACCGGAGGAAAUUGGCAUUUUCAACCGUUGGAACACCGGAUUACAUAGCUCCAGAAGUAUUGCUUAAAAAAGGAUAUGGGAUGGAGUGUGACUGGUGGUCCCUCGGUGCAAUUAUGUAUGAGAUGCUCGUAGGUUACCCUCCAUUUUACUCCGAUGAUCCAAUCACCACUUGCAGAAAGAUUGUUCAUUGGAAAAAUCACUUGAAGUUUCCAGAAGAUGCUAAGUUGACAAUUGAAGCAAAGGAUCUCAUUUGUAGGUUGCUAUGUGAUGUUGAGCAUAGACUUGGUACUGGAGGAGCAUACCAAAUUAAAGCCCAUCCUUGGUUCAAAGAUGUCGUCUGGGAUAGGCUUUAUGAAAUGGAGGCAGCAUUUAAGCCUGAAGUCAAUGGAGAGCUUGAUACCCAGAACUUUAUGAAGUUUGAUGAAUUGGAUCCACCUAUACCAGGAAAACGUGGCUCGGGACCGUCAAGGAAGAUGCUGUUGACUCCCAAAGAUCUCAGCUUUGUUGGAUAUACAUACAAGAACUUUGAUGCUGUCAAAGGAGGGCUUCAUGGAUCACUUGAUUCUCAGAGAUUAUCAAUGAAACAGCCUCCAAUAGAUGUAUUAAAUGGCACUGGGGGAGACUACACAACCGAACUAAUAGGCAAUGACACCGAAAUGCAGAUGGUAGCAGUAUCAGGAGACCCCAUGUUGCCAUAAACAUAAUGGUAAAACGAAAGGCGAGCUGAUUGAUGUGCAUAUCUUUUUCCUCAUUUGCCCGCUAAUCUAAUUAGGAUUAUGAGGGUAAUUGGGGUCCCUGAAGUCUGCAUUUUGUCGUGUAAUGCUGCCCAUUCAGUUACGGUUUACAAUACAAAAUGGAUAUAUAAAGCAAAACAACAAUGCCUGAAGAGUUUCUAAUCAUGAGAGACCAGCUAAGUAAUCAAGCACUUGGUGAAAGGUAAGUAGGGUUUUGUGCAUUAUAUUAUUAUAUAAAAUGUAACUUAGAGCAGAGUCAUGUAACUUUGUCCUAGCUGCCCAGGUUGGCAAUGUUUUAACUUUGCCUUCUCUUGUGGCAGUUCUCUUUGGUCAAAGUUCUCUUUUCUUCCCCAUCAAGGGAACUGGAUAGCCAUUACUACAGAACUAUUAUUAUUGUGAUCAUGUGUGAUGAUGAGGUUAUGUUGAAAACAAACAUAUAUAUUUUAGUUGUGAAAUUUUGUAUGUUUUUUAUAUUAUAUUUUUGAGGGGCAGGUCGAUUUGAGGUUAGACCUGGCCCACUUUACAUCCUCAUUUCUUGACA